AUGGACAGAAAAAGAGAGAAGAGGGCGACGCACGGAGAUAGGAGAAAGAACUGGAGAGCCGAGAGAGACCGUUACAAGAGAGAAAGGGCAAGAGAAGACAGGUCGAGAAGACAGAGGAGCAGAGUUAAGAGAGAGAAGAAGGAGAGACGCGAAGAGAGCCAGCGAGGGCAGAUUACAAGUGAGAGCGAAGCAGAGCAGGACGAGCGAGAGAGAGAGCAUAACGCCGAGAGCAUGAGAAAGCGAGAGCUGAGACGAGACAGAGAGAGAAGGAGAGACAUGAAGAGAGACGAGAUAGAGAAGUUGAGUAACGAGGAGGUGAGGGACAGGAGGCCCCUGGACUCUGUGGAGGAGGUGAGGGACAGGAGGCCCCUGGACUCUGUGGAGGAGGUGAGGGACAGGAGGCCCCUGGACUCUGUGGAGGAGGUGAGGGACAGGAGGCCCCUGGACUCUGUGGAGGAGGUGAGGAACAGGAGGCCCCUGGACUCUGUGGAGGAGGUGAGGGACAGGAGGCCCCUGGACUCUGUGGAGGAGGUGAGGGACAGGAGGCCCCUGGACUCUGUGGAGGAGGUGAGGGACAGGAGGCCCCUGGACUCUGUGGAGGAGGUGAGGGACAGGAGGCCCCUGGACUCUGUGGAGGAGGUGAGGGACAGGAGGCCCCUGGACUCUGUGGAGGAGGUGAGGGACAGGAGGCCCCUGGACUCUGUGGAGGAGGUGAGGGACAGGAGGCCCCUGGACUCUGUGGAGGAGGUGAGGGACAGGAGGCCCCUGGACUCUGUGGAGGAGGUGAGGGACAGGAGGCCCCUGGACUCUGUGGAGGAGGUGAGGGACAGGAGGCCCCUGGACUCUGUGGAGGAGGUGAGGGACAGGAGGCCCCUGGACUCUGUGGAGGAGGUGAGGGACAGGAGGCCCCUGGACUCUGUGGAGGAGGUGAGGGACAGGAGGCCCCUGGACUCUGUGGAGGAGGUCUUAAUCCAGGGUCAGACUCUGAAGUCCCUCACCCUCGCCCUCGAGGGGAAGGGCCUUGUGUCAAACAACAAAGUGAAGCAAUUACCCAAACAGGGAUCAAACCUGCAGCUGUUUACUAUGCCGUUCACACUCUCCCCAGACGCUUCCCACGCGGCUAUAAAUAACAGUUAUCGCACCGACUGA